AUGAAGUUUGCUCUUGUGAGCUGGUCGAAGGGGAAUGAUAAAGGCGCCCUUAGCAUAGUGCCCAUAAAUUGGGUCAUAGAAUUUGACCCUGAAAACACGGAAAAAGAGUAUCUUGUCGAGUGCCGCAGCAUCGAUAAGGAGUCUACACUCAAGGUUGCAGAGCGAAAUCUCUUGGAAGAGAAUCAACCGAAGGGCAAAAAGAGAAAGAGGUUGCCCAAUAAACUCUACCUUAACACCCAGGAAGAAACUGUAGUUGCAAAAAAGAAACUCAACUACAAACAAAUGGCUGCAAGACGGUCUGAAUUAGAGAUUCUCUCCCAAGAUGAACCUAACCUCAGCCCAGUGGACGCUACUUCUGAGGAACUUGAGGACGAAAUCAGGGCUCUCGGGGCAGAAAUUCAAAGACUACGGGACCAGCAGAAAGCAGGAUCUUCUACAGAUCUUGAGACCCAAGUCAAGGCUUUAACUAAGGAGAACACAAGGCUACGCAAAAUGGCAAUAAAAGAAAUUCCAUCAGUCUUAUCAGCUGUGAAGACCCUCAUUGCAGACAAGAUGACCGAAAGCUCAAGCUACGAAGGUGACGGUGAAAGUGAAUGUGAGACCAGAGUUGCCUUAGCAUGUGCACUUUUGUUUGAUUGUCCCUCAGGACUAUUCUGUUGUUGCACUUAUUAUUUUUUCUUUUUAUUGAAGGAUGGGCCUGGUGACGUUCCUGGGGAUAGGAACGCCUCCCAGGCCCCUGAGAGCAUAAAAGAAAGAGCUCAGGCACGUUCAGAUCAGAUGUCAUCGGGGUAG